AUGCCUCUGGGAACGUCUACAAACGAGAAAGACGAUUUAAAUAGUCUAUUGAACAUAUCCGUUACGUUGUACUCUAUAUACUGCUUUAUUCUAUUUAUUAUUUACCUUGUUAAUUUUUUUUCAAGCGAAUAUAGUAAAUUCGGCGAAGAAUGUGUCAGUGGGCAAUUUGGACAAAUGCGUUAUAUUCAUACGGCGUGUGGUAAAUCUGAAAGGAAAAAUAUUGAAAAUAUUGCAUCUGUUUUUACAUUUUUUCCAUGCUUGAUACUUGGUAUUAUCUGUACGAUCCUUUUUUCAAUUUACAAUCGACCCAUAGUUGUCAGGAUCGAGGACAAUGCAAUCCCUUUGGAAGAUAUAUCGAGGAAGAGUGGUAAAACGAACAUUCAAUCAAAUUAG